AUGGCGUCCACUGUCCGCAGCGCUUCGAUUCCUCCUGCAGACUUGCAGUCUUUCCAUGCCCAUCUCAAGUCAUCUAAACGAAUUCUCGCUCUACUUGGCGCCGGUCUUUCAGCUUCUUCUGGCCUUCCUACUUUUCGAGGGGCCGGCGGGUUAUGGCGAACCUAUGAUGCCGCGUCGUUGGCCACUCCCGAAGCAUUCGAUGCAGACCCAGGUCUAGUAUGGCAGUUUUACAGCUACAGAAGGCACAUGGCACUUAAGGCGAUGCCAAACAAAGCACAUUACGCGCUUGCGAAGCUUGCACAAGUCAAUGACGAGUUUAUGACGCUCAGUCAAAAUGUUGACGGACUUUCACAGCGAGCGAAUCAUCCGCGCUCAAAACUACAGCUGCUGCAUGGCUCUCUAUUCGAUGUCAAGUGUACAGACUUUUAUUGCGAUUUCGUCGAACAUAACAACUUCCGCGACCCGAUUGUACCUUCCCUGACCAUCCCCACUCGUGCACCGGAACCUCUCCCUUCAGGCUCGGAUAGAACUGGCAGCGAGGCUGCGCAAUCGCUCGAGAACGCGAUGGAGGCUACAAAGGAACUCCAGGAGGAGGAGCUGGAUAUAGCAGAUGAGGAUGUCGCUUUACCCGAGCUUCGCAUUCGUGAUCUUCCUCGGUGUCCAAAAUGCCACACCGGACUACUACGACCCGGUGUUGUCUGGUUCGGCGAACAGCUUCCCAGAGAAGUGCUUGACACGGUGGAUGACUGGAUCAGCCAAGGGCCGAUUGAUCUCAUACUGGUAAUUGGUACCAGUGCCAAAGUCUAUCCAGCUGCGGGUUAUGUCGAUAUUGCCCGAGCCAAGGGCGCGAAAGUGGCUGUAGUCAAUGUCGAUCGAGCCGACGCACCAGGAGGCUAUGGAAACUUGAUGGAUGACGAUUGGUUUUUCCAAGGCGAUGCAAGCAUCAUUGUACCCGAGAUUCUCAAAGAGGUCAUUGGAGAGCUCCCCGACGCCUCGAGCAAUGCGUAA